CGCGUUAGCUUUCCCGAGGUUGAAGCAACCGCGCGUGAACCAAAAUGGAGUAGUUGCACUGUGGAGAAUGCUAAAUGUAAACGGAGAGCUCAUGGUGUCACGUGAUAUUUGUUUACAUCCGCAAGAAGUUCUCUUGCACGUGGAGGGAUAGUGUGCACCUCUGGCAAUGGCUGCCAUAACCCCCAUUAAACCCUUCAGCCCAGAGGAGACCAGAUGGGUUUUGGAUCAUUUGCACCAUCCUGCAGUUUUCCUGAACAUGACCCACGGUUGGCCUGCAAUGCAUUGGACUGCAGAGCAUCUGUCAGGCUGCCUCGGAGGGAGGCUCAUCCGAUUCCGGCUUGGUAGAAAAGAGGUGACCAACGCUCCCCUGUUUGAGACUCAGUGUUCUUACGUCGAGGCAACAGUGGCUCAGUUCCUGCGCUGGACUCAGCAUCAGACAGAUGUGGGGCCUUUCUCUGAAUACCCCUAUACAGAGUAUUGGGCUUAUGCUGACUACAAGUACAUCAGCCUGCUGUUUAAAGAACAACCUUUCAUGUUUGAGGAUGUUAAGUGGUCUGAGUUUGGCUUUGAGGGACGUAACGGGAAAGAAAGCACUUUGUGGAUUGGGACAGAGGGGGCUAACACGCCGUGCCAUCUGGACACCUACGGCUGUAACCUGGUGCUGCAGGUUCAAGGACGGAAACGCUGGCAUCUUUUCCCUCCUGAGGACACAGCAAAGCUUUAUCCAACCAGGAUCCCUUUUGAGGAGUCCAGCAUCUUCAGUCAGGUGGACGUUCUUCACCCUGACCUGAGUAAAUUCCCCUGGUUUAAGGGGGCCAGGGCCCACAUCAUCACUCUGGAGCCUGGGCAGGUGCUUUAUGUCCCGAGGCAUUGGUGGCACUAUGUGGAGUCGAUAGAUCCCAUCACAGUCAGCGUCAACUCCUGGAUCGAGCUGGAAGAGGACGAUGUGGCUAGAGUCGGUGAAGCUGUAACCAAGGCGGUCGUCUGUGCAAUGAAGAGUACUGAAAGUGAUGAAAACACUGACACCUGGCUGAACCCCACUGAGGAAGAAAAGUCGUCCCACGAUGAAAACAUGCAGUAUCUCAACCUGGCAGUGAUGGCGUCUGCUCAGAGAAAGAGGAGAAACUUCCAGAGGAAACCAGUAAAGCGGGACUCAUGCGGUCAAGUAAAGCCCAGGGGAGAUGGGGGGAAGGUAUCUGGGGAAUUCAGUAUCCCGUUCGGGCAACAUCUGCUCCCUGUGAGGUGUCAGGAAGAGGAAGCGACGGUCCCUGAAGCGUCCUCCUGUAGCUCUGCCGUCUCUUCCCAGCAGUCUGCUGGUCGUGACUGUGUGACACCGGACCGAAGGACAUCUGAGCGGUCCACAGAGAAUAAUCAAGGAUCAGGACCCUCACUGAUCACCACUAAUGACCUGUUAGACUGUCUGCUCCAUCCGGACAUCAUCAGCCGCGUGACAGAGCUGCUGAUAGAGAGGCACACAGGAGGCCAUCUUUAAAGCUAACCUGCUGAAGGCCGGACAUGAAUCUGUAGCUCCUGCUGUCACAAAACACCUUUCCUUUCUCUACUCUUAUUCUGUGAUCCUGCUAUUAAAGACCUUAAAUAUAAGAAAACAUCAUUAUGCAGCGAGUCAUGCUGUCCAGCUGCUCUACCAUUUCCUCACCGUGUCGUCCAGCUCACGUUAAUCUGGUUUAGAUCCUCCAGCAGAGGAGAAAAUGACCACCUCCAUCCAGUUAGUAUGCUAAUGGCCCAAAUAAUUCAGUCAUAUUCCCCCAACAGAAACCUUUGAUUUCCUCUCUAAUGUUUUGUCAUUCAGGGAUAAAAAUAAUGCUUCCAUAAAGGGUUGAUCAUAAUGCUGUCUGGAUUAAUGGCCAUCGACUGAAUCUGCUACCAGAGUACAUCCUACCAAAGGAGACAGUCAUGUAUUUGCAAUAAAUUGAAAUGUUUUAGGGUUUUUUUUGUUUUAGAUAUUUCUAUAUAGAACUUUAUAAAUCCAUAUGUAAUUGAAUAGUUCCACUAUUUCAUCAGACCAAGCAAAAAAAGGACAUAGAGAAGCUAUUUAACUGCUAUGUCCUGAACAGUUGGGUUAUUCAGUUUUAAUAAAUGUCCUUCACAAGAAAGGAAAAAGUACUAAACAUCAUUACUGAACAAGCUGGCUUUUCACAGAGGACUUUAUCAACCACUAAAAAUGGAAAGUUUAGUGGAGGAAAAUACUGAUGGGAG